ACGUCGAAACAUCGCACCUGCUCAGGUGGUUUGUUUGGCUCUUAGUUAGGGACGCUUGUCACUCGUGGAAAAGCCACGAAACCUUGACGAACUAUGUUUUAGUAAAAACUGUAAAAUUGUACCAAAUAUACGAAUUUAUUUGUUACGUGUAUUGGAUUGGUGAAAAAUUGAAUUCUCAUUAGCAGAUCGUUUGAAAGACUGAAUUUCGCCUCAGAAGGUCACAUUAUUUUCGGAUCACAAUAUGACCGAAUGCUAUGGCUGAACUCCAUAUUUUGGGACAAAUCGUUUCAGUCGAGGAUUUCAAGCAAACUUCUCUUUUCUGUAAAUGGAGUUUUCAUGCUGGAAGCGGAUGGAAACUGUUAGAAGGAUCUUCCGAAGGUCAGACUCAAGAAUGCUCCGAUCCUUACACGAACAAACCGAUUUGGGAUCAUCCCGUUGAUUUGCAUUACUCGACUCAAACGCUCCAAGGCGCGCCGAAAUUACUUUUGCAGAUUUUCUGUCGUGACAAUAAUAACAGAGUUUUGUUCAUCGGCUACGGGGUCUCUAACGUGCCCUUGUCUCCUGGUGCACACGACAUCAAAUGUCACACGUGGAAACCGGUCGGCGGUUGGCAGGACCGGUUGAAAGAUAGAUUUUUGGGAAUGACGCUUCAGCUAAAAACCCCAAGUUUGUUGGCCAACGGUGACGACCGAUUUGAACUACUCACAGAAAGCAUGGGAAUAGUGAACGUUCAGCUUCACAUAAUAGCCAGAAAUUUCACCAAAUUUGGUUGUCAAUUGUGAAC